UGCGUUAAUCGUGAAAUUAUCGAAGAAUAGUCUAUAAACUACUUAAGAUGUAAAUCGCGUGUCAAAUAUGUUUAAUAAAUCAUAAUGUGUCAUUGUCGAUUUAAAAAAAUAAUUAUCUAGUUUAAAAUAUGCAACGCGAAGCGGAAGUACCCAAGGCAUAUGAUAUAACAUUUCAGGAAGAGAGAUUAAUUUAAUCUACAACAUACGCUUUACGAUAUUAUUCAUUGAAUAUUUAUUAGUUUUUUAAAUGCGAUAAGUCGAUAGAGUAUGAAAAACUAACAAAUUGAUCGUCACAUGUGAGUCAAAUAAGACAGACACUAACGCGCGUGUUUUUUCUUAAUGGAUAUAUAUAUACCAAAAAAAAAAAUGCGUUUAUCUGAACUUGCCAGCUAACAAACAGCUUAUGUAAUUAGAAUUUAUAUAAGAGCGCAAUGGCAUUGGAUUGGUACUUAGUUGUCAACCCAAUACAUAUUUUCGUUUGUACAAAGUGCGGUCGCAUAACACGUACAAGAGGACAUGGAAUGAUCCCUUAUAAAAAAAUAAGAACAAAAUAUGGAAUAAAAUUUGUUCAUUUAAGAUUUAGUUUUGAAAAAAUCGAGUUUGAAAAUUUAUCAAGUAUAAUUGAACGUGGCUAAUUACGGACAUGUAUUGUACUAUAGUACAAUCGAAUACUAUAAAAAAAUCAUUCCAUUGCUCUAAUUAUCCUGCGAUAGGCAGCAUUCACCGUCUUAUACUCAUGGUUAUUCAUUGGAGGAAAAAGCCGAGUAUACCUCCAAUUAAAAAUCCACUGUUAAAAUUAAGCGCAACCACGCUGGCCAGGAAGAUCAGAAACGGAGAACUCAGUAGUCAGACAGUAGUGGAAGCAUAUAUCGAGCGUAUCAAAGAAGUGAAUCCAUUCAUAAACGCAGUAAUAGAAGAUCGUUUCGAAGCUGCUCUAGAGGAAUCAAAGAUAUGUGACGCCAAACUAAAGAGCGAUGACCUGGCCAUGACUGCCGAGCAGCUGGAAAAAAAUAAGCCUUUUUAUGGCGUGCCGAUAUCUAUCAAGGAAUCCUUCGCGGUUAAAGGAAUGAGCUAUACUUGUGGUUGCGUAUCCAAGAAAGGCAUGAAGGCCACAGAAGAUGCAUAUGUAGUUCAAGCGUUUAAAAACGCUGGUGCCAUUCCUUUGCUGGUCUCUAACGUUCCCGAGUAUUGCGUAACUCUGCACACUUAUAAUGUUCUGUUUGGCCAUACAAUGAAUCCAUAUGACACGAGAAAAACAUCGGGAGGAUCGUCAGGGGGUGAGGCCGCGUUAAUUAGCUCAGGAGCGUCUGUGCUUGGAAUUGGGUCGGAUUUAAUUGGAUCCCUAAGAAUACCAAGUUUCUUCACUGGUAUUUUUACUCAUAAACCUACUGCAGGUACCAUUCCUCUCGAUGGACAUUUCUUUCUACCUGACGAUCCUAUCGUUAAACAGAUGUUAACAACAGGACCCAUGGCAAGAUACGUGGAGGACCUUUACUUGAGCAUGAAGAUGUUGGCCGCAUCUCCUAAAUGCAGACUGCCUGCACUUUUCGACGAACCAGUCGAUAUAAAAAACUUAAAAUUUUAUUAUUUCGAUAGCAUCAGUGGCAUUUUAGGUACUAGAUCGACAACAUCAGAAAUAAAAGAGACAAUUCACAAAGCCAAGCAGUAUCUAAUAACGAAAGGCGCUAGCGUGGAAGAAUUUCCACAAGAAUGGCUCCAGGAUAUAUCCUACAUGAUGUUAUCCACAUUCGGAACCCUAAAUAUUGAUCCUAUACUGGAACCAGACUCAAGUGGAUCUGGUGUAGAAUUCACAAAAACAAUAUUAGGAUUGUCACAAUAUACACUAAUGCGUACGCUUAUGCAAAUGUUAAUAGACAACAAAGGAUUCUUGUCACCUUCAAGUAUAGCAUAUUAUGAAAGUGCUAAGGCAGAACUUACUCUAAAACUAAAUACUAUGUUAAAAGAUAAUGGAGUACUAAUAUGUCCAACUUGGUGUCGUACAGCGAGUUUUCCACAAAUAAUGUUAUGGGAAGUGCAUUGCUCUAUUUAUACCGCCAUAGCUAAUAUGACAAGUAUACCUGCAACGCAGAUACCAAUGGGUUUCAGUAAAGAUGGAACACCACUUGGUUUUCAGGUGAUGUCUGCAUCUUAUCAAGAUCAUCUUUGUUUAGCAGUUGCCAGAGAAUUCGAGAAAGAUUAUUGUGGCUGGGUACCUCCUAGCUAAGCUUUUAUUUUAGUAUUACUAAUAUAUUGCUACGAGUACAAA